AUGGAUCCUGAGUCUAGCCUGGCCUGCAAGGGAAAUCCGGAGAUUUACCAGGAGCUCAAAGAUCGCCGGACCUCUUCAGGUGUCUCUUUGGCGCGGUGUAUAAAGACAGGCAUAGACAACCGGGGACAUCCGGUUCUGAAAUCAAUUGGCGCGGUUGCUGGUGAUGCAGAAUGCUACCAGGUCUUCGCGCCGCUCUUCGACAAAUUGAUUGCAGGUCGUCAUGGGAAGGUGCCCGUUGCUCACGCAAAGUGCCCUGGGCGCCGAACUCUCACUGCAGAGUCGGCGGAGCCUUUAGAGGGCUAUGUGAUCUCUUGCAAAGUUGCGGCUUCCAGGAAUCUGGAUGGGAUCCCAUUCCCACCAGCCGCUACAAGGGAUCAGCGACAGGAGGUCGAACACAUUAUCACGGGAGCAGCGCUGCAGAUGGAAGGUGCUUUGAAGGGCACCUACUUUCCCCUGGCGGGCUCGUCCUCCUAUCCAUCCAAGCCAGAUGGAAUGACUUUGGAGGAGGAGAAGAUGCUUGCCGACGACUACCUGCUCUUUCACAACCCAGAUGCGCCAGCCGUGCUAAGCACCGGAUCUGGAAGGCACUGGCCACACGGACGAGGCGUUUUUGUGAAUGAGCGCAAGAGCCUCACCUUGUGGAUUAACGAGGAGGAGCACCUGAAAGCUACUUCUCAGAGGCAGGGUGGCGAUGUCCAGGCGGCCUUUCGGGAGCUCUCAGCCGUGCUGGCGCAUGUUUCCGGCAGCCUUGCCGACCGUGUGAGCUUUGCUCGGAGUGAUCGUUUGGGCUAUCUCACGUCCAACCCUGCGAACAUUGGCACCGCGCUCCGGGUGCCUUGCCCAGCUGGAUCUUGCCUGAAUGCUGAAGAAAAAAAACAUGUUUUCAUAGCAUUUAUGAAUGGGUGGUGA